AUUCACACAUUUUCCAUUCCAACAAAUCAAAAACAUUUCUUUUCCCAUAUAUCUAUCUCCCUCUCUUUCAAAGCAUCAAAUCUAUCACAAAUUCUAGCUUUCUCAAUCGAACAAAAUCCUUAAAAAAAAUGGAUCAAAAUUUGCCAAUUAUAGCAAAGAAAUUCUGGAACAUAGUUCGAGUAGCUUUCUUCAUGCUGAAAAAAGGCAUAUCAAAGAGAAAAUUUAUGCUCGAUUUCAACUUAUUUAUGAAGCGUAGCAAAAUUGCUAGCAAAGCCGCAAUUCAUAAUCUCAUGUUCCACCACAUGACCCAUCAAUGGUCUAAUUCUUCAUCUUCUGCCACUUCGCACGUGGGAGAUCUCUCACACGCUCCACCCGAUGAGUACGAGUUCAGUUGCAGUAACAGCCCAGCUUAUACUAAAACCUUCCACCUUCCAUUCAACUUCAACAAGCGAAGCAAGCACCACGCGCAUCAUUUUCACGCGCCGGCCACCCCAGACGACGACGUUUUUAUGAUGAAUGCGGCUGUGAUGAAGGCUUUGGAGAUGCUUCAGAAUGAUAAUUCUUCGCCGGCUAAUGAUUUGCCGGGAUUUGGGAGGACUCCGACGGUGAGGCAACUGAGGGUCACCGACUCGCCUUUUCCACUGAGAGACGUUGAAGAUGAUAGCCAUGUUGAUGAGGCGGCUGAAAAUUUCAUUUCAAAAUUCUACAGAGAUUUGAGGCGGCAAGCUUCUCCUGCUGCUAAUUGAUGCAAUUGGAAGCUAUAUCGCAAGUAUACAAAUUAUAAAUAUUUCUAUUGAUCAGAAUUCAUGCAUGUGGAUGGUGGCCAUCAAUGCAAUAAAGAACGAAAAUUUGGAGCACUAUGAAGAUUGUAUAUGCUUAUUGCAUGUAUAAAUUUCUGUUUUCGUGGGAGUUUUUUUUUUUCUUUUCUUUUUGAGGUAUUUUUGAAAUUUUCAAAAAGAAAAUAGUACUUAGUACUAGUAUAUAUAUAGAUGUGAUGAAAUAAUUUUCCAUUUAUUCUUUUUAUCUUUUUUUUUUUUUGUAAUGCUAUGUAAUGUUCAGAGUCUUAA